AUACGCCAUGGACGCAGAGAAAGCAAGGCCCCUACUUUACACCUCUUCGUCAAGUAGCUGUCCGUCGCUGCCUGGUUUUGUCUUUGGGUUUUGGAGGGAGAUCAAGGCUGAGAUUUGGAGAAACGACAUGGGUCAUAAGCCGUUUAAGCGCUUAGGGCUCAUUUUUGUCCUUGUUGCUGUCUGUGGCGGAACAGAGCAGAGGAGAGCAGAGGCAGCCGAUCGAGCGACGCCGCACAGGAUGCUCACCACGGUCUCGGUGUCGAAGCCGUCCUACCCCACGGUCACCACGCCCAUGUCGGCCUCCGCCGACCCGGGCUGGGCGCCGGGCAGUCCUUCCUCCACGUUCCCGUCGUUGGCAGCCGGGAACGGCGGGGUCGAUGCCGGUGGCGGCGGUGCCGGCGCCGGUGCUGGUGGUGGCGCCGGUGCUGGUGGUGGCGCCGGUGCUGGUGGCGGUGGCGGUGGCGGCGGUGCUGGUGCUGGCGGCGGCGGCGGCGGCGGUGGUGGCGGGACGUGGUGCGUGGCGAGCCAGAGCGCGAACCCGACCGCGCUGCAGGUGGCGCUGGACUACGCCUGCGGCUACGGCGCGGACUGCUCCCCGAUCCAGCAAGGCGGGAGCUGCUUCAACCCCGACACCGUGCACGACCACGCGUCCUACGCCUUCAACAGCUAUUACCAGAAGAACCCCGCCCCCACCAGCUGCGACUUCGGCGGCACCGCCACCAUCACCAACACCGAUCCCAGUUCAGGGUCGUGCCAGUAUCCAUCAUCAAGCGGUGGCGGACAGACCAUGAUGCCCCCGCCAUCCCCGACGACCAUGCCGCCGACCGUCCCGACCACCCCGAUGACCCCGACACCGACCACGCCGGACACCGGCACCCCCGUCUACGGACUAUCCCCACCCGACUACGGCUCGAUGUCCCCUCCGGGCUACGGAUCAACGUCUCCCCCGGACUACAACGACGUCGGCGCCGCCGCGACGGCGGGGCAGGGCAGGGCGGCGGCGCUGACGCUCCUGUGCGUCCUGGUCGCGAUGAUAUCCCUGCACGCCUCCAAAUGAGAGGGAGACAUCUAAAGAUGGCAGUUCUACACGACAGUUUCAUUGGUUCAGACGUUUCAUGGCGCGCCCCGUGCGUGGUGGCUGAAAGACCCAGAGUUGGUUCGUUGCACUGCACCAGGGGCCUCUCCGUGGUGCUGCCCGGCGCCGGGGAGAGCAGAGCCGCAAAUCUGCUUAUGAUGAUGUUGUAAGAAGCGUGGCGAUGCAGCGCCCCAGUUCUAGCGGAAGCAUCAGAUGUUUAUAUAUAUUGGGGAUUAUAUUCUACUAUUGUACUACUUAGGAGUAUAAUCAGAAAAUUUGUUUCCUUGCCCACUCCAUUUGCUUAUGCUGAAUAACAUUGUUACCAAGGGAAUACCGACAGUUUCAAUC